CUCCGCCUCCUGCUGUUGCUCUGUGCUGUUGGUUGCUCGCAGCAGAGCAAAUGUUAGUGGAUGCACACAUUGAAUGAAAGUCAGUGUAGCAGGCUGUUGCCACCAGCAACUGAGAAUAUCUGCUCACCGUGAAGUUAUUGUAGUAUCUAGGCACCUGGUCAGAUUGUGUUAGCAGAGAUAAUCUCACACUUUGGCAAGAGAGAUUUUCGGGACAUUAGUGGAAGGGGAAGGACCAUUCCCUGUGUGUGGCAAUGCAGCGAGUCACGGCGCAGCUCGUCGCCGGGCUGGUUGCAGCGGUGCUGUCGCUGCUGGCAGAGCAGUGCUGGGCGGACGGCGGGGGCCUCAGCCUGGCCGAACGGGUUAUCUGGGCUGUAAAUUGCGGGGGUGAAUCGCAUAUAGACUCGCACGGCAUUCACUUCAAAAAGGACCCAUUGGAAGGGAAACUUGGCAAAGCGUCUGAUUAUGGGGUGCGUCUGCCAAUAUUGCGCUCCAAUCCAGAUGACCAGAUACUGUAUCAGACAGAGCGCUACAAUGAGGACACUUUUGGAUAUGAUAUCCCCAUUCGAGAGGAAGGAGACUAUAUACUAGUAAUGAAGUAUGCAGAAGUUUACUUCGCCCAAUCACAGCAAAAGGUGUUUGACGUCCGUCUAAAUGGCCACACAGUGGUGAAAGACCUGGAUAUCUUUGAGCAAGUGGGUCACAGUACUGCUCACGAUGAGAUUGUGUCUUUUUCUAUUCGACGUGGCAAGCUGAGCGUGCAAGACGAGGUUUCUACUUUCAAUGGCAAGCUCACUGUGGAGUUUGUAAAGGGUUAUUAUGACAACCCCAAGGUCUGCGCUCUCUAUGUCAUGAAGGGGACAACAGAAAAUGUGCCAAAACUUGAGCCUCACCCUGGCUUGGGGAAGCAGCCUGAGGAAGAUGAGGAUGACGAGGAGGAAAGUGAGGGAGGCGAGGAGGGUGCGAAGAAAAAGCUCCCAGCAGGUAACAAGAACAGGGUCCAGUCCGGCCCCCGAACACCAAACCCAUACGCAGCAGACAACAGCAGCCUAAUGUUUCCCAUCCUGGUGGCGUUCGGGGUGUUCAUCCCCACACUGUUCUGCCUCUGUCGGCUGUGAGCUCCAACUAGCAAUCGAAGGGGACGUGAAACAGACGAGACGGACGUGAGACUGUGGAGAGGGAGAGAGGGGGUGGGGGAGGGGGGGUCAAGGUGACAACAGCAGCAAAGGUAAAGGCAUACACACAGGAGGGAGCUCGGAGAAAAUCUCGAUGACGCAGGACAAAAAAAGAGACAAUAACUUUCCGGAAAGCCAGUUCGCGGCGAAGCAAAGAAAAAGGAGAUGUAGGAAGUGAGUGCUGUGCGCUUCUUUGUGAAUGUGUUUUUCGCAUCCACCUCUGCGGACACUGUUGAACAAUGUUAGUCAUUUCCACUCAGAGACUGCGCAGGAUUUACAGAUGCCAGUCUUCACGGUUUGAAACCACAUUUCAGCAGCUAUGGGAUGCUCAGGAGCGAGUGAUCUGGGCCCGUUUUCUAAACUUAAAGCAUCGUUUUGUACUGGGUGUUUAACACUCCUGCUCCACAUCUGGUCAGACAUGUUACCCUCAAAUUGGAAGUGGUGCUGCUUAGAAAUUGGUUAAACAGAAUAGGUUAGUGGAAAUACAGCUGCCAUUUGAGAGGCCCCCAUUUUACUCAGUUUUUGGUUUUUCCACUCAGAACUAAUUAGUCCUUUGUUGACGUGCCAUCAUCUACUCGCCAUAAGUUGUUAAGAGAAGAAAGUAAUUGCAUUGAACCAGUUGUGUAGCUUGCAGGGUUGUUUGCUGUCUGCUGUCUUAAGUCGGCUUGCCUUUACAUAAACACAGAUUAGUUUCCACAAUCUGUUGGUUAUGUGUGGUAAUGCAUGACUUAUUUGGCUUUGUGGAUCCCAAAUUCAAAGUCCUUUUUUUUUUUUUUUGCUUUUUUUUUUUGCUUUUUUUUUUUUUUUACCAAGGAAGGAUCAAUUUUAAGGUUGAAACAUUACAAAGUGAGAAUGUUUAACCACCAGAGUCAAAGCUGAUGCUGUGAAACGCUUAGGCUCAAGUGAGUCAGGAUCUUUACGUCGCUGUAUUUUCUGUGAUCUUUGCCUUUUUUCUAUUCAUUACGUAUGCAUGCCUGCCUUUUGGUUUCACCAAAGAAUGUCUUUUUUUUUUUUUUUUAUUUUGUUAGAAAAGGAAAACUUGGUGGCCUGUUUAAUUUGAUAAAUAGCUUGCAAAAUACAAUUCUGUGAGGCCUCUUUGCCAAUUGGAUAUAUUUGGACAUACAGUACCACCACUCAUCAAAAUUGAAUUGAGAAUUGACUGGGAGGACAGUUAAGAUAUCAUUUUUUUGUUUUGUUUUUUGUCAUAAAUGUCUGUGUUGACUCUGACGGGCCAUGAACAAACAGGCUGCAGCUCAGUGUUUCUAUAAUAAACCGUGAGAAUCUGUGCCAGUCAAUGCACUCGUCUCAUACAUCCCCACAGUUGCUCUGUGUGGUUCCACAAGUUCAUGAGAAAGCACAUCAAUAAUAAUAAUAAGCAUAAAAUCAAAUGUUUAGUUGUUAUAAAUCAUUUAUUGCAUUUUCCACAUUUGUAAUAUGCCUUUUCAAAUCUGUUGUCUUAAUUUUUUUAAUGUGGACAUUUUGUUAAUUCAGUGUGAAUUUUUCAGUGCAAUUAAGCUACUUGUUCCUGUCCUUGAAUUGAUUGCGCAAACUGGGGGCAAACCUAUUUCUCUGAAUCUAUCUUUGAGCCUUUUUUCCUACCCGGCCACGUUAUCAGAGUCCCUCUCACCUGUGUUUUAGUCUCAGCUUUUGCUUUCCAUGCGGUCUGAAAAGCAGCUUUGUUCUUCAUUUUUAGUGGAGUUGUGUUGUGAACCCUCCUAUUUAUGUAUCUAGUUACCUCCCUUAAGUGCUUAGCUCUACUCCGAGACGAUUUUGUAACUUUGCCUGUUUCACUAAUGCGUCUUAAAUGUCCUGCGACACCCCCUGCCAGUAUUGCUUUUGCCAUAUGCAGUACUUGAAACACGUUUAAUAAUUCAGGUGUUGUGGAUCCUUCCUCACUCCUCAAUUCUCCUUCCCAUUUUGAUUCAUGGUGAGCAAGAAGAAAUAUUUGAUCAGUUUUUGACGGUUUUGGGAUUUUUUGUUGUUUUUGUUUGUUUUUAUUUCAAGCUCAUAUUUAAGACAUAAGCACCUUUUUUUCCCUCUGAAAAGAUGCAAAAACUUCAUUCAAUUCAGCACCAAAGUCAUCGUGUUCUGUUCCUCUGCAAGUCCACACAGUUGCGUGUGUAUAUAAGGUACAAAAUCACACUUUUUUGAUCGUGUGACAACCGUUUUGUUCUCAUCACUUUUGUGUUAUAGCUGGGGUGUUGGGGUAUUUUUGUUUUUUGUUUCUCUUGAGGAAGACUUUGUGGCCUUUCUUCUGGGGAGGAACGGUUGUUGGUACAGAGUAUAAAAGAAAUUUAAUGGGCAGCCAGAUGAACUGACUGUCUGAAAGUCAAAUAAAUGAGAUUAUGUCUGAAAAUAUGGGAUCUUCCAUUCUAUUCUAUAUAAUUUAAAUCAGAGUGGGGCUGAUCUGGAGAUAUUUUAUAAUACGCUUGGAUUUGUAUGUUGAAUUUUUUUCCUCAGGAUCUGUUCUGUUUUUGAGUUUUUAAAACUUAAUAUUUUAUUGGUGUGACAUUUUGCACUGCCUCAUGUAUUUUAAAAUCAUGUUGUUUUUUUGUGUUUGUCUUUGUUGCCUUGAAUUAUUGAAUACAUUGUGCUUUACCAUCAUUCGCCUUGAGGUUGCUCUUUUGUUGGCUUAUAUCUGAUUGGCUUCUUUUCUUUUUUUCCCCCUUAUGUCAAAACACAUAUCUGGGCGAUUUUCAUUCCACACAAUCAGAACAAUUCUAAUAUCUCAAGUCUGUCGUUAACCUCAGUUUUUCUAGGAGCAAAGCCAGUCAAAAACACAAGGAAAGGUUAGUAAAAGAACUGUGUGAAAUGUUUCUGUCCAGCACUUCAGUAUUUAGCUCCUCUCCAGCUUUUUUGGACCUGUUAUUGUCAGCACAUCUCAGUUUGAAUGAACUAGAGUGGAAUGAAGAUCUGCUCUGUAUUUUUUAACACAAGAACCAAAGAAUUGCCGCCAUACCAUCCAAAUUCUUAAACACGGUGUCAAAAUGUGACACUUAAGGUUCUUCAUUUCUUUCAUCCUUUUUUUCUCUCCUGGUAAAGCAGUGAAUAAACCAAGGGAGGAAAACAUGUCAUGACUUGUCAUCAGAUUUGUUGUCCCCAUUAUUAUUCCCCUGCCAUGUCAUCCUAAAAAGUCAUUUUCAUUGCUCUGUAAUUAAGUUAAGUUGUUGCAAUUUCUCCUUGUUUUCUCAUUUUCAAAAGCAACUGAACAUGUGAGAUGAAUUUAAAUUGAGACAAAUUUGAACAGCAGAACAUCUGCCAACGUGUCAUCGUCCAGGCAGCAGACCACGACACACACAAACAACAAGGUCUGAUAGCCACCGAUCACACAGCGCGAGUGUGUGAGACAGUGAGUGUGCGCUUAUUAUGAGUCCUACUGUAUAGAUAUACAUGUGCUGGGUGAGUAAAUGCUCCUCUGGGGGCUGUAGGCAGCAACAGGUGGACUGAGAAAUGUAUUUGAGACCCCUGAUCUCUGAUGUGGCAUAUAUCUGCAAAAUGACAAAUGCUGAUAAAUGCUGUCUCUUUUUAAUAAAUGUGCUAUUUUAUCAGAA